AUGAAUGGCACAUUUGUAAUUCAAACGCAGAUUUUGUCUGAAAUCGAUGACGUGGCUCUGUGGAAUGAAACUGUAGAAUCUCUAACCGUGACUGUGAAGGCUGGGGGAGCUUUGAAAUCAAACAUGACUUACAGUUUCCGUUUCCUACUCACAAAUGGUUUCACUCUGCAAGAUGGUCUUACUAUCAAUGUGACCGUGAAAGGAGGUAUUUCAAUCGUCUCAAGUCCAAUGCGGAGUACCGCUGGAUCAAUCCUCAACAUUUCAAUCCUAGACCAUGGAAAAGAUUUCAGCCAAGACCCACUUCUGUUCGUAGCUAGUACCUCAACUUGCUUCUGUGGAGAUCGACUGCUAGAUCAACCUGGCAAUGCUCGUUACUGUCUUAAACCGAUAGUUGCUCUUGGAGCCUCCUUCAACUUCACAAGAGCUUUUGGAGCCAGGAUCCUUGCUAUCCGUGCGUCCGGAGCUCUUCUCCGGCCGAAUCUCCCGAAGUCCAUCAUACCUCCUGUAGUGCUCGAGCCAGAUUUAGCAACGAUCCCUUCAGUGACGAAUGCCAUCCCGCAGCCACAAAUCGGAGAUGCGGCUCCUCUCAAGGUGUAUGGAUCUGAGUUUGUAAUAUCUACUAUAGGGCAGAGCAGUCCCUACCCGGCAGCAACAAACACUUUGACUGUAACGUUGUGUGCGAAUCUCUUGCUCACAUCUCUUGCUAUCAUCACCAUUGAAGGUCUCACGGGAGGAAGCUCGCCGACAGGAGCGCUGGCUUUGGAGGGACCAGGGGCUCUGUCGUUUCAGAAUGCGGCAACUGGAAUACCAGGAACAGCGGACUGGAACGAUAAUCGCAAGACUUUGAAUCUAUUUGUAGUUUCCAAUGUGUCCGUCUUUUCCGUUCAAAUUUUCAGCUUCAACCUGCAGAAUUCAAUUUCAGGGCAAAGCUCUCCACCAAUUUCUUUGAGCGCCAGUGGAAUAACUGGUGGCGUAUACCCAGUCCCAUCAAGAAUUCUUCGUAAAGCAAUGACGAAAGAUCUUACAACGAUCUUAACUAAUAUCUUAGGUGCAUCCCAAGGUGAUGCUGCUCCUCUCAAAAUUCAAGCUCCUAAAUUUCUGAUCAAACGGGUCUCACAAUCUUAUGCUUGGCCUUGUCAGAGCUGUGGCGUGCAAAAUUAUAUCCAUGUUACACUUGCUGUUAACUUCAUCGCAUCUGGAUUGACGAACAGUGAAAUCAUUCUCUCAGGAUUGCGAGGGUCUGCGACAUCCGAUUCAGGCGGAAAUUCAAUAUUGGUUGCAGAUCUUGAUGCAGAAGCUUCGGAAAUGCUCAUAGAUGAUUCUAGCGGCAGUUUGACUUCGCGAGAGGGCUCUCGACUGUACUUAAAGGGCAAUCCAGUGAUCGAAGAAUGGUUUUCCACUUUCACUCAGGUUUCAGGAAGCGCCUACCUCGAUCAAGGCAUACACGACCUCCGGUUGGAGUACAAGGAAUUGACUGGACUAGCCAAAGUAAGCUUGAAAUGGAAAUCGUCUUCUGGCAUCUUGCAACCUAUUCCAAACUCAGUACUGUACUAUGGUAAAGCAGCCAUAGGGACUGAGAUCAAUGUGUACGCCUGCGGCGAUGGGCUUGUUUCAAGAUCGGCAGAAGAAUGUGAUGAUGGGAAUACAGAAUCAAACGAUGGAUGUUCGAGCAGCUGCAGCGUUGAAUAUGGUUAUUCAUGCCAUUCCACCCCAAGUCUUUGCAAAACGAUUUGUGGGGAUGGUAGGAGAGUUUCUUUAGAGUACGGAGGUUUGGAACAAUGUGAUGAUGGCAACUUGUACGAUGGAGACGGGUGUAGCUCAGCCUGUGCGAUAGAAUUCAACUACUCCUGCAUCGGAGGCACUCCACUUACGAGGGAUUACUGUAAGGUUUUGCCUCCAAGCUAUGACACAAGCGAUAAAACCAUUCAUCUUGACUUCGUAACAAUUACUGUAAAUUCUGAAACCCGUGCUUCAAAAUUAUUGAUUCAAUUCCUUCCUUCACAAAUUUUCUUUCCGACCGAAUCAAAUUCUGUGAGAUUGAGCGUGCAAAGAAAUGGUACAAGACUUCGGAGCUUUGCUACACGGGAUGGAAUGUUAAGAAGCGAUAUAUCCUCUGAUGAGUUCCUCCUGAAAGUUGGAGGAGGUAUCAUAUUCAGAAGCAUCUUUCUUAACACGACAACAUUGAAAUUAGAUGUGUUGCACUGUUAUGACAUCAACAACAUUCUCAUCCAAAAAGAAGACGCUGCAAUCAGUGGAAUCAUUGGUUCUACUUACAAUGAUAGCUCGCCAUUGAAUUUGAAGAGUCUUGGAUUUAUAGAGAAUUUAAUCUCACAAAGCACAUCAUCUGUCGCAUCAAUCAAUAUUCUGAAAGUAUCCAUAGCUCUAAACAUAGACGUUCCCUAUGAUCCGAAUGAAUGUGGGUUGACAAUCAAGGGACUGACAGGAAGUGACAGCCCACGCACGCAGGGGUUUACCAGCAUAAUUCCUCUUGAUGAAUAUGUCCAAGUAUUACAAGUAAGCGACUCACAGUUGUUCUCUAAUGCAGGGAUUGGGAUUCUCCGAAUUGAUCAAGAGCUUAUGUUGUUUCAAGAAAAACGAAACCUGCUGUAUGUCAAAAGAGGAUUUCUUCGCUCUCUACAGAAAUCACAUGAAGACCUGACCAACGUAAUCUUGGAGAAUGUCGCAUUCAUCCAAGAAGGACUAAAUGAAAGCGAUAGUACUUCUCUUGUUGAAUCUGCAUCCUUUGCAAACAUCAAACCAAACGAUAUCCUGCAGAUUGAUCAAGAAUUGAUUUUCUUAGAGUAUGUGGAUCUUCAUUAUUCAAUCUGCCCCAAAGGCUGCGAAAGACAGAUUGACCUUCGAUGCCAGUGUUUUGCAAGUCGAUACGACAGACUUUCCUUUCAAAGAGGAAUAGGAAAUACUCUACCGACUUCUCACAAGAAUCACGCUGUCAUUCAGCGAUUAUUCGUUGACUACAUUGUAAAUCAUCCUGUUUCGACAUCAGACACUUUUUUGAAUUUAAGAAAGCGGGAUUUGACAAUCGAGGGGGUCUUUCUGUAUCGAAAGUACAUCAAAUUAGGAACAGAAAUCUUGUUUGUAAACUCGAUCAAUUUUCCAACUGCUGGCGUCCGACGAGGAACCGUGGGCACACGACCUUUGUCAAUCGCAUUAGGUACUCUGGUCGAGAUUCCAAAACAAUCUAUUCUAUCCUCUGACAUCACCGAUGCGUCAGCAGACACAAUAUUCCUACAGUCCGUCUCAUCUUGCUGUGUGUUCGUUGGAGACUAUAUCCAGAUUGAUGACGAAGUCUUGCUCAUUCUUGCCAUCAGCCAAAACAAUCUGUCGGUCUCCAGGGGUGCAAGCUCGAGCGCAGCUACGUCACACACUGCAGGAGCUGCCGUCAUUGCUAUCCACAGCACCGCGAUCGUGCAGGGAUGGAAUUUCCUGGAAACCGCCACGAAGCUUCUGCUACAAUCGUACGACAUGCCCUCUAUACAGGUCGGUCGCUUCCUUCAGAUCGAGGACGAGAUCGUCCUGGUGACCAACGUCUCGACCGACGGAGUAGAGACCGAGAGAGGAGUAGGGCAGACUGAAGUCGUGGCACACGCCGGGGGAACCACCGUGACUGUGGUGCUCAUGACCACAGUCAUCAGAGAGAGCCGGAUAUGGCACAACGAUACGGCUAUACGUGUUUUCAACACAAGUGUGUUCGAGAUAUCUUCUGGUCUGUUCUUGGAGCUCGAGGACGAAAUCAUCCUCGUCAGUGAUGUCAGAGCAGUAUCCGACGCGGUCUUGGAGCUACAGGUAGUGAGAGGCUUAGCCGGAACAUACCCCAGAGAGCAUGCAGGUGGCUCGAUCGUCAAGCCGACGACAGGCGCUCGAUUGACGGCAGAUGUGACUGCGACGGACGAUCGAUUUGCGAUCUCAUCCAGCUUUGACAUUCCAAAUCUGGAGCAGGGAGCAUAUCUGCAGGUAGGGGAAGAAGUGGUUCGAGUGGAGCAGGUCGGUGCGGACUAUUUGUCUGUCGCAAGAGGACAAUACUUGACGGAAGUUGUUGCCUUCCCCUCGCGAUCUCAGCUCAUUCUGUGCGACAGAACUCUCUUAAUCCUCGGAUCAGACAUGGCCGCUUCAUCUCUAACACUCUCUCUGGACGUGUCAUCGUGGAACUUUAGUCCCGUUGUUGGUGAUUACCUGCAGGUUGAAGCAGAAGUCGUGCGAGUCGGUCAUAUCGAUACUUCUGGUAAUUCAUUCACUGUCCAGCGGAGUAUGCUAGGGACUGUUGCCGUCAACCAUCCAGAUGGAAGCGUAGUUAAAUCUGUGAAAACAUACAAACUAAAUGUGAAGUAUCCGAUGGACCAAGCUCAGGGAUGGAUGAUGAUCGAUAGCGUGGAUAUGGAAGCUUUCUUUGUUGGGGGUAUCCUACAAAUCGAUGAUGAAUUAGUUGGUAUCUCCUACAUGAACAUCUCAAAUCUCACUGUUACAAGAGGAAUUUUCAGCUCGGCAACUUCCUUUCACAGCAAUGGAACUAUCGUUCCAUAUCUCAGCGCCUCGCUCUCCAUGAAAGAAACCGGGUUCUAUCCUGGCCAACUUUCGAUUGAAGAUGAAAUCAUAAGUGUUGCUUCCACUCCUCUCACCUUUCAACCAUAUACUUACCUGAAGAUUGACGAGGAAAUUCUACUAGUCAAGGCAAAUCUCAGCAAUGCCUUGUAUGUGGUUGAGCGAGGGUCUGCUGGAACUGCUGUCUCAAUACACUCCGACGGGUCGAUCAUCACUCAACUUCGUAUGACUGUUUUGAAUCACAGUGAAGGGUUGUCAGAAUUUGACAAUCGAACGAUGUUAUCAAGAACCGCCUACUUCUGUACGAUCCGGGUGGGAACGUUCAUGGAGAUUGAGGAUGAAAUUGUCCGUGUAUCGAGCGUGGCAGACCCUUAUGUUUUUAUCUCUCGGGGACAAGCAGGAACUGUUCCAAGAUUCCAUCCUGACAAGGCGAAAGUGUCGAUCCCAAUAGAAACUUUUCUUUUGAACGACUUAGAAGCUACAACAAGCACAUUCAGUGUUGAAGACGCAUCAGCAGCUGAUAUCAGCAUCAGUAUGUACAUACAAAUUGACGAAGAAAUCAUGUUUGUUCAAAAUAAGACUGGGGAUCUCGUUACUGUACUGCGUGCUCAGAGGUUUACUACUGCUUCCUUUCAUUCAAAGUAUUCCAUCGUGAUUGCGGUGCGGAGAACAGGCUUGUUCAUGAAUUAUACUUUGGACAUUGUUUCAGAAGAGAUUAAUGUAUACUCAGCAAAAACUGCAGGAAUAUUGCCCGGGUCAGAUUUGAUCUUAGGAAACGAAUACCUCUUUGUCACGGAUGUUGAAGGAAACCGUUUGACUGUAAAACGAGGAAUGUACAACUCCUCAGUUGAGAGUCAUCACUCAGGCGCAAAGAUCUCUGCGACUACACCUCUGAUCUCACAAUCACAGUCUCCUGACAGAUUCGCUCCAAAUGGUUGGGACCCCCUCACUGGCACGCUUGCAAUCAAGGUUCUAACUAGCCUCAUCAAGAAUACUGCAUACUCCUUUGCUUUCCCCUUACUCAACCCUGCCGCACCUCAAGGGCCCGUGACACCUGAUCUAAUCCUCAGCUGUGGAGCAGUUUCUCUACAGCAGACAAUGAGUGUCAGCAGCAGCUCGCCUCCCCUCCAAGUCGACCCUCCUGCCUUCAUCGUAAAAACUAUCCGUCAAAGCUCUCCGUAUCCUGAGGCAACCAAUGUCAUCCGGGUUGAGUUUGCCGUGAACUUCGAUGCUUCUCCUCCAUCUGCAGUUGUAGUCUCUGGCCUUGUGGGAAGCUUGACUCAUGAUGACAAUCAUCUUGCAAUCGGCCCUUGCGAUCUCAACGAAGUAGGCGUGUUUGACAUAGAGGCAAGGUGGCAACAGAAUUCCGGAACGAUCUCGCUUCUCACAAGGAACAACAGCCUGAUCGAAGCUAACAAGCUUUAUUGUUUCACUUUCAAUCUUACCAACCCGACCUUAUCUCAGAAUGCAAAUGACGUUUACAUCGUUCUCUCAAAUCAGAAGAUUUCAGCUCAAGGCAAAAUGGAAACAGAGGCAUUCUGUAUCCCCUCUUCUGGACAAUCCCAGCUUUCUGCAUACAUUCCUGAUCCUGUUACAAGUAUCUUAGCAGUAAUGAGUACUGCUGCAUUUCAAAAUGGUAAACUUAUACAGUGUGAUGAGGAAAUCAUGCUGGUUCAAAGGAUUCACAAUGAUACCAUCUUGCAAGUUUCUCGUGGGUAUGGAGGCAGCAACGCAACUUGUCACAGCGUUGGAAUGACAGUCUACAGCAUUCUACUAGGCGCUCAACAGGGUGACUGCAGGCCGUUGAAAAUUUUGACACCUGGCUUUGUUCUCAAAGCGAUCAAGCAGAGCACUUUCUAUGCUGAUGUCACCAAUCGGAUGACGGUUGAGCUUGGGACGAACGUUGAUCUGCCUAUCGCCGCAUCCAUCACCAUCAAUGGGUUGAAGUCGUCAAGCACUGAAGAUUCUCCUUUUCUUCCUCUGAAAUAUUCAACAAGCAACGCGUCAAUCUUCGGGCCGUACGGAGCUUGGACCCAGAGCGAAGGGACCUUGAUUCUGAGGGUGACGGCAAACAGAAGCAUUGAAAAAGAUACAAUCUACUCCUUCAGCUUUGCGUUGAAGAAUCCGCUGCUGACAUCUGAACCGAAGUAUGGGAUAGGUCAUAGUCCUCCUGAUGUUUUCAUCUCGUCAUCAAGCAGUCGAACCAUCCCUCCUGUCAUCAUGUCGUGGGAUCAGGGGGCUCCUUGCCUUGAUUACCUCAGUCUGCUCAGCAGUGUUGACAGUAUUCAGAAUGCCAUCCAAGUAUCCAACGCGUCGAGAGUCUAUGCUGGGUAUCAGCUGAGGCUAGACAAUGAGCUUGUUGGUGUUGUCAGAGUCCUCAAUCUCACCGUUUGGGUGCAGCGAGCGCAGGGAGAAACCUCCUCGGAGCCGCACCUAGAGGGGUCUCAAGCUUGUGUCAUCGUGCCUGGAGCUAGGAGGGGGUACGCGCGGCCUUUCCUCAUAGUCAAGCCAGGAAUCUCAGCUGCUCUCUGCUCACAGCAGUCGAGCUUUCAAGACACCAACAACUCUGUCUCUUUGAUCUUUGCUACAAGCAUGCUCAUGUCAUCUUGGCAAAUCGCAACGUUGACUGUGACAGGUCUCUCUGGCAUGAGCGGAGUGCAGCCAGUGCGCAUCCAACACGUAGGGGGCAAGUUGGUAUUCGAGGAAGAGGCAGAGUUGGUGCCGAGAAGCGGAGAGAUGAUUCUGAGAGUUGUUGCUGACUUGACGUGGCUGCCAUAUGAAACAACUUGGAUCUCAUUCAAUCUUGUCAAUCCCAAGUACUCCAUUCGAAAUAAUCUGGUUGAGUUCUGGUUCAGAGAUUUUCAAUCAAGCCUGACGUUUCAGGGUGUUUUCUUAGAUCCGCAAACCCUCCAACAAACUUCCCUGAUCGUCCAAGAGAGCCAUUUUCUGAUCAAGACAGCUUAUCAAAGCACUCCUCUGCCCUCGGCCCUAAACAACAUAACCGUUCAUUUCUCUCAUAGCUCAAGGCUUACAGCUGCAACCCUCACCCUGCAUGGUUUGACUGGGUCGCAAACGCCUGAUGACAAUGUCUUACCUCUGGUACCUUCUUCUGAUUCUCAACUUUUCCUUCCGACCGAAUCUCGUUGGAACCAGUCGUCAGGCCAGCUCAUAGUCCCGUGUGACAAGGACAUUCCGCCAGGAGCCACCAUCUCGUUUCAGUUCUCCCUGAGAAAUCCUCCCUUUGAGAACCUGGUCUUGACUCCCCUCAUCGAAAUCAGCUCGGCAGAUCUCACCAUCCCACCUACAGCCUUUGAUAUCAACCACCACUAUCCCUGCAUUGGUACAACGAGUCUGAUGUACGAUUUUUACGUUUGCUUCAAUCAUGCGAUGGAGGUAGUAUCUGUGGAAGAGGCACAAAUUCAGAAAGGUUCAAUGAUUUCCAUUGAAGGUGAUCUGAUUGUUGUUGAUGAAGUGCUGGGGGAACAGCUUCAGAUUGAAAUGAAGCACAAGGUUUCUUCAAAUACCAUGUACAAGGCAGGUACACCAGUGUGUCACGUCUUUCCUGGUACAACCACUCUCGACGUCAACCCUCUGCAAACUCUAGCGCCAGGAUUUCAAGUGAUCAGGAUGGCUCAGAACAAUCCAACCCCUGGCUCCUUGAAUCAAAUUAGCGUCACGUUUGUUGCCAACGUGCUGAUGGAGGUCGGGGCAGUAUCAGCUGUGGUUGUGAGCGGCUUCAAAGGGACUGGCGCUCAAGUCAUGACCAUCGUUGGCACUCAAGUGGAUGUCAACGGGACUGAUUCUGCCGUGUUUGAUCACAAAGGAGUGUGGAAUGAAAGUGCUGGGAGUUUGACGCUGACGAUCGCAGAAGGGAAGUCGAUCAUGCCAGGAAGAUACUACUCCGUGACUUUCGUCGUCAUCAACCCCCCGAAUCCUCUCCUUCAGACACCAGACUUCGUCUUAAGCGCAAGAUGCUUUCACUCCGAUUCAAGCAUUUACUAUCAGGUCACGCAGCGAAACCAAACGACAGCGCUGCAGGAGUACAACCAGACUCUCGUGCUGGAGCUGCCGUGCCUUGUAAGUGCCUUCGCGACAUUCCCUGAGAAAGAGCAGAGCGACUCUCAUCAAGUCGAAUUCAGCUAG